AUGGACGCCAAAUCAGCAGAGGCGACAACUAUCGUUGCCCACGACCACAUCGAGAAACUCGCCAUUGCGGACGAAGCCGUCACAAAGGCAACCAAGAACCAAGACCUGACCCCAAAGCAACAAUACCAACGUCUUUGGGCGAGCCUCAAGCAAGACAAGCGAUAUGUCUUCUGGGCACUCUACAUCAUGUCCCUCGUCUUCGGAUGGGGUUACGACUCUGGACUUUCAGGCGCCGCCAUUGCCUUCCCUGAGUUCCGCAAAGCUUACGGAGAUUACUAUCAGGUGGGUGACCAAUAUGUCAUCCCUGCCCUUUGGCAAUCUCUGUGGAACGCAGCCAGCACCAUUGGCCAGGUCUUCGGAGCCUUCCUCACAGGUCAGUUCGCCGACACUGUUGGCCGCAGAGCGGUUCUCUGGACAGCCGUCAUUCUGUCCCUCUCCUCCUCGUUUGCCUUGGUCUUCGCCCCAAGCUUGCCAGUCCUCUUCGUCUCCAAGCUGCUGCUCGGUUUCUCAGUCGGCCUUUCAACCGUCACGCCUCCCCUCUACGUUACCGAAAACGCUCCGCCGGCCCUUCGAAGCUCCCUCAGCUCGUUGACCAACGUCAUCAUCGUUCUCGGGUUUUUCCUCUCUUCCAUCACAGCUUGGGGGUCCUCCAAGAUUGAAGGCCAGUGGAGUUACCGCCUAGCGUUCGCCAUGACCUUCCUUGUCCCGGCGCUCUUCAUGAUUAUCUUGCCGUGGCUACCCGAGUCCCCGGUAUGGUACGCCAAGAAGGGCAGAGACGACGACGCCCGCAAGGCAAUCCUGAAGCUCUACGGAGAGAAUGUCGAUGUCGAGGAGAGACUCAAUUUCAUCAAGUCUGAGCUCGAGCUUGCGGCAGGAGAGGCGAACAUGGCCAAGCAGACAAGCUGGAGAGCGAUUUUCUCCAAGGAGCACCGCUUCCGAACUCUGGUUGCUGUUCUUGGGUUGCAGUCCCAGAACUUCUCUGGCGGUUACUUUGCGAACACAUAUCAAACCUACUACUUCGAGCUCAUCGGCCAGUCCGACCCUUUCGGACUCACUGCAAUCUCCUCCACCCUCCAAUUCCUCUCGAACUGCGUUGCAGUCACAGUUUCCGACGUCCUCCCCCGCAGAAAGUCCCUCGUUGGCGGCGGAGCAUUGCUAUGCUGUUGGUCCAUCAUCAUCGGUGGAACAUCUCUCGCUGGAACCGCCAAUUACUCCGCGAACAUGGCUCUUCUCGCCUUCAUGAUCACAUGGUCCAUGUUGUAUACUGCAACCGUGGGUUGCUUCGGCUGGGCUGUUGCCCAGGAGACUGCCUCGCAAGCCACCAGACCCAAGACCAUCGCCUUCAGCUUGGUAUGCCAGCAACUUACAGCUCUUUUGCUGUCAUCGGUGUUCCCGUUCUUCAUCAACCCCGAUCAGCUGAACUGGGGCGGCAAGAUCAUGUUCCUUUUCGUUGGCGCCGAGGUGUUCGUUCUCGGACUUCUUUUUUUCUUCCAGCCUGAGACGAAGAACAGAACCUACCAGGACAUUGACCACAUGUACGCCCAGGGCAUUCCACCAAGGAAGUUUAGCGAGUACGUUGUGGUAGAUGGAGUUGCCAUCAAGAAGUCCACCUCGUAGGGUAUUCGUUACGAUAGGCGCAGGAGAGGUCAAGGGUGUAAUGUUUGUCUGGGUUUCGAAGACCAUAUCUACAUACAAAGCGAACGGG